AUGUUCUGCCCGUUGAUGCUGGAUGUGUCAGCAUUUCAGCAGCGAUUCACAUGCUCGGGCGCUAUCGAUGGCGGAAGGUCGCUCGAGGAUGCGAACAGUGUGGACUCCUGUUCAUCAAGAAAGCGCCCUGGCACUUAUACCGAGCCCCAGCUGCCCGCCCGAGCCCCAAUUACGUGCUGCGCGGAGCGCGUUACCUAG